UUGUGCGAGAAGUGAGUGGACUCAGGAGUUAUUAUGAAGAGCAUUACAUUGCUACUAUGUUUAGUAGUUGUACAAUGUUCUGCUGAAUUUACCAAUGAAUGGGUGGUGGAAUUGUACGGUGAAAAUGAACGUUUAGCAAGAAGUAUUGCGGAUAAUCAUGGUUUUAAAUAUUUACAAAAGCUCAGUUAUUCUGAUAGUUCUUAUCAUUUUCAACAUCUCAAAGAAUCCAGAAGAUCAAAACGAGGUGCUGAAGAUUUGACAGAGCUAUUACAGUCACAUCCUAUGAUAAAAAAGGCUACCCAACAAGAGUUGAAGGUACGUGUUAAGCGAGACGAUGAGAAAACAAACCAAAUGCUGGAAGAUCGACUGAGGGAGAAAUUGGAUUUAUUAAAGAAGAUAACCCAUAAGAGUAAGAGGAGUGAGUACGGUGCUGGGGAAGUUGAUAGAAUUUUGAAAGACUGGCUGGCUCAGACAUUUAACAAAGAUGAGAAAAAAGCUGAGCACCAACCGACAAGAACUAGGGUGGCUCACGUCAACAAGGAUAUUGAAAAUGAAUGGAAGAAGCGUGGUGAGAAAUCAUCUUCUCGGAAAACUCUGAUCCCCACUAUUGAUGUGCUGUCACCGGAUUACACUGGAGAUGAUUAUGAUAUGCCAUUUAAUGAUCCAAAAUAUCCAAAACAAUGGUACCUGCAUAACACUGGACAAGGUGGUGCGGUAGAAGGCAUGGAUCUGAAUGUCAUGCCGGCUUGGAAGUUAGGUUAUACUGGGAAAGGAAUCGUUGCUACCAUUGUGGAUGAUGACUCCUUUUGCUGCUAUAGGAGCAAAACUACUGAUUUGAAUGCCAGUUAUGAUUACAACAAUUUAACCAAUCCAUACAGUCCACACCCUGGUGUUAAUGAUGGUGAUCAAGAUCCGCAUCCCAACGACUCUCCAACACUGGAAGGAGAAAAUGAUCAUGGUACAAAGUGUGGUGGUGAAGUCGGAGCCGAAGCUAAUAAUGGUAUUUGUGGUGUGGGUGUGGCAUAUGGUGUCAGCCUUGGAGGUAUUCGUGUAUUGGAUGGUCCAAUUACUGAUGCCAUUGAAGCUGCAGCACUCAGCCAUGCUUCUGAUUACAUUGAUAUUUAUAACUGUUGUUGGGGUCCUAUGGAUGAUGGUGAGACAUUUGAAGGACCUGGGGAAGAGGGCUUUCAAGCUUUAAAGAAUGGAGUUGAAAAUGGGCGAGAUGGAAAAGGCAGCAUUUAUGUUUGGGCAUCUGGUAAUGGUGGCCUGACUGAUGACGACUGUGCAGCUGAUGGCUAUGUUAGUAGUAUAUACACCAUUGGCAUUGGUGCCAUAUCUGGACAAGGUCACAGUGCAUUUUUUAUUGAGUCCUGCUCCCCUGUCAUGGCUGUCACAUUAGUUGGUGCAACACACAAUGCACCUGAGGGGGUUAUGUUGGAAUCUGAUGAUAACUGGGUGAUUACAACUUCUUUAAAUCAUCAGUGUACAGAACACUUCACUGGUACAUCAAGUGCUGCACCUUUUGCUACUGGUUCAAUAGCUGUAGUCCUGGAGGCCAAUCCUAAUCUCACCUGGAGAGAUGUGCAACAUAUCGUUGUUCAUGGAAGUAACAUUCCAAACCCAACCCAGGAAGGAUGGAGUAUCAACGGUGCUGGAUUUCAUUUGAAUCACAAGUUUGGAUUUGGUUUACUGGACGUUGGUAAAAUGGUAGAGCUAGCCAUGACAUGGGAACAUGUUGGGCCUCAGUUGCAAUGUGAUAUCGAUAGGAAGAAUUUCUUUGAUGUCAAAGUAGCCAAAGGUACAUCUAAGAACAUCACAUUGGAAGUAACUGAUUGUACUAUAACACAGCUAGAACACACUCAAGCUCAUAUAAGUUUCAUUUCACCACGCCGCGGUGAUAUAAGCAUAUACCUGUAUUCACCCAGCGGCACAAAAUCAGAACUACUAUCAACACGGAUGUGGGAUGAAAACGAAGAUGGCCUCACUGAUUGGCCGUUCAUGACAGUUCAUAAUUGGGGUGAAACCCCUAAUGGUAUCUGGACGCUUGAAUUUCGAUAUAUUCCGGAUCCGCAAGUAGCGUACAUGAAUCCACCUAUUGAGAAGCCGGGUACAAUGCCGAGAGUUCGUGAUUCAUUGACAGCAUCAUUGAAAAUGUUUGGGAUGACACUGUAUGGAACUGCAGGCGAUGAGGAAAAAAACUCUGGUGGAGGAAGUUCUGGUGGGAAGUCAGACGAAAACGAUAAAGAAACUAGUACACAAACAGACAACACUGCAGUCAACCCAGACCAAGCUGGUGAAAGUGAUCCAGACACCAUUGUUGAAAUUUAUAAUCAGGAACAAGCUUCCAAUGAAGAGAUCGUUGUAGAGCUACAAAAUCUCGCUAAUGACGUGGAGUUGCCACCAAACUCGGACAACAACGUUGCUGAUGGUAAUAUCGACACUGAUGAUGGAUUUAAUGGAGUGGUUAUUGAUACUGAUGGGAAUGAAAUCUCUAAUGUUGAUAGUAGCACGGUAGAAAAUGUCCCUUCUAUUGACAUCUAUAAGGACGAUCCAGAUCCAAUGUUUGAUGAAUCUUUAGACCCAGAAGAACGAAGAAUCCUCAUAAAGGAGAUGCUCAGUCAUGUUUACACACCUCACAAAAAUGAGGAUAAAAAUUCCCUUAAAAAUGAUGUGUACAAGUCACAAAAUACACAUGUGAAUGCAGGUGUCAGAGAGGGAUAUCUGAAACAAAAAUGGGCAAAAGUGGAAAAUGAGAGAUCCAAAUUAAAAAAUGGUCACACACAAAGAGAUUGGAAAGAAGUGAAACGAUUGUUGAAAGAGUAUAUGCAAAGUCGCGAAUAAACUGUGAUGAUAAAGUUUAAACUACAUGCAUUACUACAUCUCAAAUAUUUUCUACCAAGUUUAAAUUUUUAGGACACCUUUGUAUCUGUUGAUACUUCAGGUAAUUCUUUGAUGAGAUCAUUAGAUAUAAAUUUGUAGAAUAUACUUGUUGAUGUGUAAUAAUUUCUUGAUGUGAGGUAUGUUGACCAAUCACAUGUCAAAAGAUGACAAAUUUGACUGCAAUUGGUCAGCUGCUUUGCACUGACAUGUAACAAUGUGUGUGAUUGGUGGAUAAUAUUUGUAUCCACCAAUCACUGCUCUUGUUACUUGUACAGUUAUCACAACAUCACCUUGUUGCAAUAUGACACUUGAUUUGGAAAAUGUAUAUAUCUUUAUUCUUUUGGAUUAGAUUCUGACUUUAAUGUAUAAGAAACAAUAAGUCUGUGUUAGUAACCAACUUUAUGAAGACUUCUUUGGACACACAGACUUUACUUUUUAAGUGAUCUGUUCAUAAACACCAUCUUAAAAGUGGCCAGUGACCUCCCGUUUGACACUGGUUUUGUCAUAUGACAAGCUAUUAUUACAUUUGCAUUCGGUUAUUAAUAGGCCUAUAAUUAAAGACCAAUAAAAUGUACCUUGCAUGGUCACUUACACAAGUUUUUCUUUCUUACUUCUCUCAUCAUCAAAAAUAAAAUAAAACUGUACUUAAACACAAUCUUUAAAAUUGGCUUCCCUUCUACACGAGUAGUCAUCGGUUCCUGGAGAUACUUUUCUGAAAUAAAUAUGGUUUAUCUGAAAUAUUUUUAGAAAUCUUCACUUCCAAUUAACAGUAAAUUAUCUCAGCUCAUUGUGACAACUUGUAAAAAACUUUCACAGUUUUUUUUCCUCAUCCACUAUUCUUUGUAAGGUAAUAUUGCUGACCAACCUUUUCACCCCUUAUAAGCUGUACAGUGGCAUUGUCUAAUCUUAAUAGCCACUGUAACACAAAUAUUGGUUUAUACCAUUUUUACAUGCAGGUAAAAAUAUCAUGUAUAAAUUAUCUACCUUUAUUUUAUUAGCAUUUUUACCACCAUGUAUUCUGCCAAGUUUUGUGAAAUAAUGAUUCAUUCUUUGUUUUGCAUUUAACCAUUGUGGACAAAAUACAAUUGUGCACAGGUUGUGAUCCUCAUCUAAUCAAUGUAAAAAUACUUGUUGCUUUCAGGAUAAGGGUUUGAAGGGUGUCAGUCGUCGCGCUGCACAUGUGCGACAUUUGUGUUGAUAAACAUUGAUUUUUCCACAAUCCAAUGUGCUCUUCUAAUGGAAAUCACAAGUAUGAGAUUUGACCUGGGCGCGACAUGCACUAAUUUCUACUGUUGCACUCCUUAGAUACCUUCCAAUCACCUAAAAAUACCUUGGUAACAUCUCAUUUUGUACUCGUUGAUUUGCGCAAUAGUCAGUCACCAUCUUUGUUUAUAUGAGACCCAUAUAUCUUGUGCAUGCAUGGCGCGAUGACUACCUGCCUUUAACAAUAUUUUUGACAUCUUGAUACUUGAAAAGGCUGAAGAGUAAUAUUGAUUUUUUACUGCGUUUGCAGUCAAACACAGCUUUUAUUUAAUUUUCUGUUCAAUUUGGACGUACGUUGAUGCUUUCUAAUACAUUUACAAAGACCAUAGUAGGCACUGCAUAUGGCAAUGCUAGUUUACAUACAGGGCAUUGUGGGUAAAUAUGAGCCUGUUUAUUCAUUGAUGUAGUUAUUUCUGAAUAAAAGUUCAUUUAUUUUCUUACUUA